GUUGUUAACCCAGUGACCAUAGACAUCUUACUCAUGAGAGAGGGAGAGGACAGUGUCCAUUGUUUAACAGUGAAGAGGGCAAUUUUACUAGUCUGUCCUAUUGGUACUUACAAAUUUGAGGUCGGAAAUGGACAGUGUUCGCCGUGCCCAGCUAAGAGCCACGCAGACCAUAACAGAACCCUGUCUUGUACUUGCAUCGCUGGGUACUUUAGAACUGAGACAGACAGACCAUCAAAAGCCUGCACAGCCCCUCCAGGCCCUCCGAAGAAUCUUCAGGCCAAAGUCAAUAGAGAGACCUCUGUGAUCACGCUAUCCUGGGAACGGCCAGCAGAUACCGGUGGCAGAUCUGACAUCAAGUAUUGGAUUAAUUGUCCGAAGUGUCCAAAUGAUGUCCACUUCUCUCCUAGCUAUUCAGACCUGAUUUCAAAUGAGGUUAACGUGAGCCGAUUAGCCUCUUACACCCAGUAUACAUUCUACAUCUAUUCACAAAAUGCUGUCUCUAAGUACAGUAAGGAUUCCGAUAGCUAUGCCGCCACCAAUGCGUCCACUUUCUCCUCUGUACCAUCAGCAGUGAGGAAUUUUGAAAUCAAGCAGGUUUCCCAAACUAGUGUAGUCUUGCGUUGGGAUUUGCCAGAAUUUCCCAACGGUAAGAUACUGGAUUAUGAGGUGUGCUACCGAGAGAGCUCUGAAACAAUUGAGAAGAGCAAGUAUCACACACAGAGUCCAAUCAACAGAGAAUUUCAAGAGACAACUAUUGAUUCUUUGAAGGCAGGAAAAGAAUAUGAAUACAGGGUGAGAGCAAGAACUGAAGUUGGAUUUGGAUCCUAUUCUGAGCCGAUUGUUGUUUCAACGACUGGCCUAGGUGAAGACGAUCCAGUGACCAUCACCCUGCUAGCUGGUGGCGUUUCUGCAGUGCUCGUCAUUAUGGUUCUGUGUGGCAGUGUCGUCCUCCUUGUAUUCUACAAAAAGAGGAAGGUGAAGGAGCCAAUUUACAUAUAUCAACAGAUGAUCCCAGGAGAACAGGGACAAAAGGAAAUGCCAGCACUGACUGAAGGAAUGGUGUAUACCAACGGAGAGGUCAUUCUACCCAAGAUGAGCAAGCCAAGAACAUACAUUGACCCUAAAACCUACAGUGAUCCUGACCUGGCCGUGCAAGACUUUGCCACCGAGAUAGAGGCAUCAAAGAUCAGCAUUGUAGAAGUUAUAGGAGGAGGUGAAUUUGGUGAUGUAUGCAGUGGUUACUUAAGAAUGCCAGACAGCACCACUAGGAAGGUAGCAGUGAAGACGCUGAAACCUGGUGUCUCAGAGAGAGACAAGAUAGACUUCCUCAGUGAGGCAUCCAUCAUGGGACAAUUUGAUCACCCUAAUGUUGUACGACUAAUGGGUGUAGUCACAAAAACUCGACCGGCAAUGAUUAUUACAGAGUUUAUAAAAAAUGGUGCUUUGGAUCAGUAUUUGAGGGAAAAUGAUGGACAGCUGACAUUAAUGCAACUUGUUCAGGUACUCCGUGGAAUAGCUUCCGGAAUGUGUUACUUAGCCGAGAUGAACUUUGUACAUCGAGACUUAGCAGCACGUAAUAUUCUAGUUGGUGAAAAACUUGUCUGUAAAGUAGCAGAUUUUGGUUUGUCACGGAGCAAGGAGGAAGGAGCGUAUGAAACAAAGAGUGGAGGAAAGAUUCCAAUCCGCUGGACAUCACCAGAAGCAAUCUCAUACAAGAAGUUUACAUCUGCAUCGGAUGUAUGGAGCUACGGAGUUCUGAUGUGGGAAGUGGUAUCGUUUGGAGAACGGCCAUAUUGGAAUUGGUCUAAUCAAGACGUUAUACAAGCUGUUGAGAAGGGGUACCGGCUUCCCCCUCCCAUGGACUGCCCUGAGGCCGUACAUCAGCUCAUGUUGGAUUGUUGGCAGAAAGACCGUCUACAUCGACCAACCUUUGCUACAAUUGUAUCCAUCUUAGAAAGGAUGAUCCGAAUGCCGUCAACACUCUCAGCUAAAGCCAAGAGGGAGAGCCUAACGCAUACGGCACCACAGUUUAGUAAGAUCCAGACAGUAGAUGAUUGGCUUGACAAUAUCAAGAUGGGACGGUACAAGGAGAAUUUUGCAGAUGCUGGAUUAUUUAAACUUGGUGAGAUUGCACGCCUAUCACACAGUGACCUCCCAAGGUUAGGGGUCACACUUGUAGGUCAUCAGAAGAAAAUAAUGAAAGGAGUAGAGGUAAUACGGCUACAUAUAGAGCAGAUAGAAGAGACUCUAGUGUAACUCGGUGGUCAACACACAUAACAAUGUGUGUAUGUGUGUGAUACACAUGUUCCCAUGUGAGUUUAUAUAAUGCGUACUGACAGUAUGUAAAUGUAAUGAAGAAGCUGCAACAGGCAUUGAACGUCAUCCCGAGUGCUGUCCGUUGCCAAUCCAACCCACCAAUAAAUAUCAAGUUCAUUCCAUGUUAUACAGAUGACUGGCCCUUUUUUAAUGUUUUUGAAUAUUAAUUAUACACAUUCAUGGCCUUUUUAUCAUGUUUAAAUAUAGAUAAUACAGAUUCCGGGCCUAUUUUAUGUUGCUCGAACAUUACACAGCCUUGGGCCUUUUAUGAGGCUUGCAAAUUGAAUUGUACAUAUCUGGGCCAUUUUGAGAUGAUUGCAAAUUAAGGUUUAAAGAUCUCGGUUACAUUUCCGUAGCGUUCGCAAAUUCAGUGUACAAACUAAUGGCACUGAAUUAAAAUAUGUUUUUUUAUGAUCAUGAACAUGAAUUGCAUAGUUUGUAAGUAUACUCCUCUUUGCUAAUUUAAUGAAUUUAGAUUAUAUAAUUUUUAAAUUGUCUGUUCUUCUAAAGCUAUAUAAAUUAAAUUGCAUAUGUAAUUAAGAUUUUUUUCCUUAAAAAUCUUUGUUUAAAUACAUAUAUUAUAAUAAUUAACUUUUAAAGAAAAACUUUUCUGAUUAGUCAAACUUUAUGUGUUCAUAUAUACUUUAGUGUUGAUAUAUAAUUAUGGAUUAUUUAAAAUUAAAUGUAUUUGAUUUAAUACAUUCUCAUAAUCUAUGUUCAGGGACCAUUUCGUGUAUGUGUAUACAAGCAUGUAUAUAUAAAACUGUAUGCUAUUCUAAAAUACAUGAAUGAUUGUGUAAUGUUUUUCUGAAGAGAGAUGUAUUGUAAAAAUGUAAAUCAUAUGUUGAUACAUCUAAAGUAAACUAAGAUGGAGCUUUGAGUGUUAAACAACUUGUGUGUUAAAAAUUAUACAUGUUAAGGGCCAAUGCUGCAUAGGACUUGUGUGCUGGUUCUAUUUUAAUGUAUCAGAAAUAUUAAAAAAUAUCUGAGACAAAAAAAUGUACAGAAAGUUAAUUAAUUUGUUUUUAUAUAUAUAUUUUUUCCUUUGAAGGUAAAAUAGAAUAAUAUUAUGUCAUAAUAUAUAUUAAUCUUAACAAAAAUAUAAAAAAUAUACACAUUUUAGGAUCAUUAUUUUUUAUUUAAUGAACACUUACAAAAAAGAAGUGACAGAAGCAAGCCAACUGGUAACUAACCUCUGCAAAAGCUUGCACCUUACAAUGCUCAGAUAUUUGAUAUAUUUAUAUGAUGCCAAUGCAGCUACUUACUUUGGACCCAAAAUUGUUAUAGAGAUUUUUUAAUAGACAAUGAAAUAAUGUUUUUAGCAAGCUUAUUCGCAUCUUUUAAAUUUGUAAUGCCUCUUGGUGUUGGCAACAGUGACUAUAAGCCAAAUUCCUUAGAUUAUUAUACACCCCUAUUAGAGAAAAGGAUUAAUCUCACUACCAUGCCUAGUAUUAUAUAUUCUCAAUAUCUGUUUUUCAAUCACAUAGAUAUUAACUUAUGUUAUUUACGACAUAAAAUGAUUUGUAAAACCAUUUGCAUGGUGCAAAUUUUAUGUAAAUUAUUUGUUCAAACUGAUUUUAGCUGAAAUUUUAAUGCUAUGCAAAACUUCAUAUCCGUAUAAAUCAUUAAUUUAAAAAGUAGUAUCUAAUGUUGCACAGUAAGGUGCAGUUUGAUUUUAUCCAAUUUAUUUUUACUCAGUUUUGUUGUGGUACUGCUAAGGUGGAUACUGAUUCUGAAGCAUUGAUGCAAACAAUUCUGACUUAGUUUACGCAAUAGAUUCCUGCAUGGUACCACGCACCCAGAUUCAGAACAGACAUACAUGAUUCCAUUGUGUUUUUAAAAUUGCUUUUACCUCUAGUUGUGAGGUGAAUCUAAAUCUACUGCUGCACUAACAUGAGAAUAUGUUAGAAAAUUUAGUUUGAAUAAUGGAUUGACUUGAGCUAUAUGAAAGCAUCUAUUGCAAGCUAUAAAUGAAAUUUAAGAUGUUGCUUUAUAUAUUACCAAAAAAAAAUGUCUACGUCUUGUUCAGAUGAAUAACCUCAUGAUUGCCUGAUUUUUUUCUCUGUUAAUAUCCAUCUUUUAAAAAUAUUAUACAUGUUAUUUAUGAAAAUUUCACAAAAAGGUUUACAUUUUUUUUAUUUGAUGAAAUAUAGUACUGUUAUUUUAAUGUUAUAUUAUGAUGUUUUUAUUUUAUAUAUAAAAAAAAUUAAAAUAUGUAUUGAAAAUCUGUACUUAUCAUUAAUAGGCUUGGUAUUUAGAAGUUGUAAAAAAGUCUACAUCCAUUGUUCCCACCCCAUUGUUAAAUUAUUCCAUAUUUCUCUUAUAUUUUUAAGUUUUCAUUUGUAGUAUACAUAAAAAUAUUAAAAUAAAUAAACCACAAGAGAGGAAAACUGACGAAAAAAUUGGUACAUAUGCUACAUGUAUCUAUAUUAAUUCUUUCUUUCAAAUUUUAAUGUAAAUAUUCAUAACUACUCCAGCAACAUUUGGUUAUGAAAUCAAUAAAAUUCCGAUUGAAAUAUAAUAUCAAUCAAUAAUCAAUUGUCCAUUAUGUUUCCUGUUUACAUUCAUGUUUAUUGUCUGCUUAAUUGUUUAAGCUGAUUGAUUAUGUGUCGUUGGUGGCGCUAGACUGUAGCGGCACGCGAAAUUCAGUGGUCUUAAAUCUUAAUAUAAAUGUCCGAGUGUAAAUAAUAUUGUGAAAAGAAUAAAGAUCAUUGGAUUGAACAACA